CAGAGCUACUUAGCCAUGGAAAAAAUAAUACGAGUGGCCAAAAUAUCAACAGCACAGGCUAUUCAUCCAGGGUAUGGUUUCCUCUCAGAAAACACUGAGUUUGCCGAGCUGUGCAAGCAAGAGGGAAUCAUCUUCAUAGGCCCUCCUUCAUCUGCUAUCAGAGAUAUGGGUAUUAAGAGCACCUCCAAGGCUAUAAUGUCUGCUGCUGGGGUUCCUGUCAUUGAAGGUUAUCAUGGUGAAGAUCAGUCUGAUGAAUGUCUAAAGGAACAUGCCAGGAGUAUUGGGUAUCCAGUAAUGAUUAAAGCAGUUCGUGGAGGCGGAGGAAAGGGUAUGAGAAUUGCUCAGUCAGAAAAGGAGUUUCUGGACCAACUAGAAUCAGCCAGGAGAGAAGCAAAGAAGUCUUUCAAUGAUGAUGCCGUGCUGAUAGAGAAAUUUGUAGACAAUCCAAGGCAUGUUGAAGUCCAGGUGUUUGGUGACCAGCAUGGCAAUGCAGUCUAUUUGUUUGAAAGAGAUUGCAGUGUGCAGAGAAGACACCAGAAAAUCAUUGAAGAAGCUCCUGGGCCAGGAAUUGAGCCUGAAGUGAGAAGGAAACUUGGAGAAGCUGCUGUCAAAGCAGCUAAAGCUGUGAACUACGUGGGAGCAGGAACCGUGGAAUUUAUUAUGGACUCUCAACAUAAUUUCUACUUUAUGGAGAUGAACACCAGGCUGCAAGUGGAGCACCCAGUUACUGAGAUGGUCACAGGGACUGACUUGGUGGAGUGGCAGCUGAGGGUUGCAGCAGGAGAGAAAAUUCCCCUAAUGCAGGAAGAAAUUGCACUCAGUGGCCAUGCAUUUGAAGCCAGGAUAUAUGCUGAAGAUCCUAAUAAUAACUUCAUGCCAGGGGCUGGACCCUUACUCCACUUGUCUACACCACCACCUGACAGUUUUACCAGGAUAGAAACCGGGGUCAGACAAGGUGAUGAAGUUUCUGUACAUUAUGAUCCCAUGAUUGCUAAACUAGUUGUUUGGGCUGAGGAUCGCCAAGCAGCAUUGAGAAAGUUGCGGUACAGCCUCCUUCAGUACAAUAUCGUAGGACUAAGCACCAAUAUUGAUUUCUUACUAAGCCUGUCAGGACACCCACAUUUUGAGGCUGGAAACGUGCACACCAAUUUCAUUUCUCAACACCAUGAUGAACUGUUUCCAGCCAAACAGGCAACCCCAAAUGAAAUUUUGUGUCAGGCUGCUCUGGGACUCAUACUGAGAGAGAAAAUGAUAACAGAUGCUUUUAGAGUUCAGUCUGGUGAUAAAUUCUCACCAUUUGCAUCCAGCAGUGGCAGAAGAAUAAAUAUAUCCUACACCAGAAACCUGACUCUCCUAGAUGGUGAAAACAAUGUGGACAUAAUUAUAAAUUACAAUCAUGACGGUUCAUAUAACAUGCAGAUAAAAGAUAAAGCUUUCCAUGUUUCUGGAGACAUUUCUAAUGAGGGAGAUUCGACUUACCUGAGAUGUACAGUAAACGGGAGUGUUUGUAAAUCUAAGCUGGUCAUUUUGGACAACACUAUUUGCCUCUUCUCACUGAAAGGCAGUGCACAAAUUGGGCUUCCAAUACCUAAAUACUUAUCUGGAGCGAGUGCAACAGGAACUCAAGGAGGUGCUAUAGCACCUAUGACUGGGACAAUUGAAAAGGUAUUUGUGAAAGCAGGGGACAAGGUACAAGCUGGAGACCCUCUAAUGGUUAUGAUAGCUAUGAAAAUGGAGCAUACCAUAAGGGCUCCAAAGGCAGGAAUAAUAAAGAAGGUUAAUUACCAAGAAGGCUCUCAGGCCAACAGACAUGCUCCACUAGUUGAGUUAGUGGAUGAAGACAUGGAAUCAAAUUGA